AUAUUAGUUGUUUAAAAUUACAAAAUGUAACUGUCAUUUUGAUUUUCUCUGAAUUUAAACAGCUAUAAUAGAAUUAAAUGAAGUUGUUUACAUAUUAUCUUAAGUAUAAAUAUUGUUACAUAUGAUUUCGGUGUAUACUCUGCAAAUAAGGAUACUUCUAUUAUUUAAAUUAUGGAUCGAAGCGGUUAGAUGUUAUUGUUGUGUUAGGCAUUAAAUAUUUACUUCGUUUCGAAAUGACUGAUAAAAAUGAUAGUCCAAACAAUAAUAAAAAAUUUACACCUCCCACGAGGAACAAAGUUCGCAAUCCUUUUGAUAAAGUUUUAAUAGAAAGUUUACACAAACCAAUAUGCAGCCCCGGUAUGUGCAAAAUGUACAAAACGUCUAACAACGGUUCAUUUAAAUGGGAUAUCGACCAAGCAUGUACCUUAGUGCCCGCCGAUAUAGUUGCAUGCAAUAGUCAAUUUGAGCCAUCGCCUGAUCCAGCGUUAGAAAAGAUAGCAGAGGAGGCAAAUGAAAGGUUUUUUUCACAGGAGAUGGUUAUGCCUAGUCCAUUAGAAACAACAAAAAAAGUAAAGCCACUGCAGACAUCUUCAGAUGCCAGUAAUCUCAUCAUCUCUAGCUACAUUAGUGAAAAGACAACAUCAGUCCGAGAAGUUUCAGCUCAAACUGUGCUUACAUUACCACCAAAACUACCUCCUGAGUUAGAGAAAGUUUUAGAGCCAUUCUGCACUUAUACACAGGAAAAUGAUAUGUUUGGUGAAUAUGAAAUUACUGCAAAUGGAUCGUUAAGACGAAAAUUGUUUUUCGAAGAGCACAUUGAUAUGGAGCAUGAUGAAUCUGAACAAACAGAUGAUGAGAUUACGACAGAACAACGGCCUCCCUCCACCUAUGAAGCUCACACCCCUGUCUUAUUUAGUCCUGACUUGAGUUGUGAUUUAGUGGCAAGAGGUAUGAAACGGACGUUUGGCACACCACUCCACAAAGGUCAAAUAAACAACAAACCAUGUUACCGUAACAAAAUACUUGACGUCGUUGACUUCGGUGAGCCCUGCUUUAGUCCGAUCGAAUUUAGGACACCAAAGCGCAGUGACCAGAUCACAAAAACACCAUCUUCAUUCGCAAGUACUUCUAUAUCUCCAGUCACCAAAGUUACAUCCAGCGAUGAAGAAAAAAAUAAUUUCACUUCACCGGAAUGUGAAACAAUGGCAACUUGUCUCGAUUGCAUUGUUUCUGACGUAGAAAGUGAAAAGAAAGGUACAUGUUUUUGUAAAACGACACCUAAUAAAUUAAUUUUAAAAAGAAGUACAUCACUUAAAGAUUCUCCGCAAAGAAGCAGGAGUGGUUCCUUAUUAGAGAAACGCAGUGUCAGUUUGUCGAGCUUAAACAGGAGCCGGUCAGUCCAGAAACUCGACUUCAGUACUGACAUGAGUGUUGAUGGGUCUAUCCUCAAUAAUUCUCAAGAAAGUUCUUCAGAUAACAAACGUGUAUCUUGGUCAAUCGUAGAAGACACUAGCAUCCAGCAAUUAGUUAAGACGGAAUCUUCAAAGGAACUAACGCAUGAAAUGCAGUCUUCCACUAAAAUACUUUGUGUAAAUUUAUUAGAUGAGACACCUAUUAGAAUUAAACAUAGAUCAAAUCUUCUAUCCCACGAGAUUAGUAAAAUUCGUGCGUCUACCGUACCCAGUCCACUGCACAUGUCCUUAGAUAAUAGCUUAGACAAUUAUGAAAAUUCAUUAAAUAUGGAAGAUAAGAAAGUAGACUUUAACAACGUUGAUCUCAAACUUUUGACUGAUAAUGUAUCUCAGUUCGACUACAAUACGAAUAGUAUAAAAACUGGCGACAGUUCGGAUAGUUUGAAGCGACUCGAUAGUGGAUUUAACGAAAAUACUUUCUACGCAAACGCUUCUAGUUACUACGAAAGUGCCAUAAAACCCUCAGAGUUGACUGUGACUAAGAUGGAGUCAAGUAAGUCUGUUUUUAAGGAAAUAUCGAAUAUUAAUUGGGUGAGAGCGGAUAGUGGAUACAGAGACGAAACAUCAACAGACAGUAUGCACUUUUACCCACCGUGUCAGAGUUCGAGCCAGAAUUCCGUGCGCUGUUCAGAAUUUAAAAUGCCUGAAAAAGAAAAUAUUGAAGAGUUUCACACAAGAAGCUCUAAUAAAAACGAUGCCAUUUCGAUGUCUGAUAUAUUCACAGAUGACUUGACAUUUAAUUGUAACUUUUCGUCGACGCCUUCGAAAAAUAAGUCUCGUAAAGUUCAUUCGUAGUUUUCUAUUUAUCAUCAUUCACUCAACUCUGAGAAUAUUUUUUGUAGUGUGAUAUGAAUUUUAUAAGCAUUUAUUAGUUCGAGGUAUACAAUAAUUAUUAAUUUUGACUGGAUAUCCAUUAUUGUGGACAUUUUAUAUUAUGUUACAUAGUUUUAAAAAAGAAGUGAUUGUUACUUGAUUACUUUGCAUGAAAUAAUUAUUUUUGAGAAUUGUGUGUUUACUCAGGUAAAGAGGCAUUUAAUAAAAGUAAGAGACUGAAAAC